AGUCAAUAAACAAGCGAAGAGGAACAGGCACAGAAGGUCUGGAAGCUGCGCAGUCAGAUUACACCAACAGCUCCUGUAGUCUGGUCACCUCGAGCAGACUGGUGACACUAACAGCCAUUUUGGGGAUGCUGUGGUUAACAUGAGGCACUCAACACCCAUGCUUUGGCAUAUGACUGCUAGUUGAUGAUUGGCCCAAUCAGCUUGACUAUCUCUAACAUGUGCGGGAAACUCUGGCCACCAGUGGAUCAUUUUAUAUCACUCAAGUGUUCCAGUUUUUGGACAUGACUUUCUUUCUUAAACUGUCAUUUCAAUCAAUGUGUAUACAUUUUAAUCUUGUGACUAUUUGAUAUGAAUUAAAUGUAAUGAAUCAGUUGUGUGAGGCAACUACCCACAGUGGGCUCACUGCCUAGACAUACAGCCUCUGAUAGCUUGAGCAGUUUGUCUAUUGAAAGCUCUCCUAGCUUGUCAUUAGUGUACUUUUACAUUGUUUCUCAAGACUGGAAUCCAUUUGAAUUGCUUUUUAUCAUCAUGUCUUCUUUAGUAUCAAGACCUCAACAUUUUGUCUUCUUUAGUAUCUAGACCUCCACAUUUUGUCUUCUUUAGUAUCUAGACCUCCACAUUUUGUCUUCUUUAGUAUCUAGACCUCCACAUUUUGUCUUCUUUUGUAUCUAGACCUCCACAUUUUGUCUUCUUUAGUAUCUAGACCUCCACAUAUUGUCUUCUUUAGUAUCUAGACCUCCACAUUUUGUCUUCUUUUGCAUCUAACACUCCUAAUGAAGCUUCCCUUAAUAUUUAGUAUUGAUGAUACUAUUAAUGAGUGCUGUACUUAAUUUACUCUCAUCAAAAUGUGAAUUAAUGAUAGUGCUGUAGGUAUGGGGGUAGGGCCCCUUAGGUAGCAUUUGGUGGGGUAGGGAUCUUACCUUUUUAUGGGAUCUUAAAAAUCAAAACUGUCCCAAAAAUCUGUAGGUGACACAAUAAAUACAUAUAUAGAGACAUGUAUGUGAUAUAUAUAUAUAUAUAUAUAUAUAUAUAUAUAUAUAUAUAUAUAUAUAUAUAUAUAUAUAGGCUAUAUUAAUAUAUUUAUAUACGCUAUAUCACAUAUAUUUUUGAGAGAGAUGACGGUAAAAUGAAACAAGCCCCCUAGGACAAAAACCUGUGUGUGGCCCCACUGUCUGGCUUGUGGCUUACAAGUGUUGAUGUUUGUAGUGCUAACAUUAGAUGUGCAGGAUGUCCAACUAACCAUCCUUAGACACUCCUCAAGCACAGAGCAGCUGGCUCUGGCCAAUCCCUUUAGUCAAUUGUAUCUGGUAGUUCAACACAAAAACCUUGAGCACCUGUAGCACUCAAUUGUCUUGUACAGAUUAUCAUUUUAUUUUACAUAGUGGUUGGCCCCUGCACAAAGUUGUGGUGAUGGCUACACAUAGUGGCCAAUGCACCACUUGAAGUGGUCAUUCUACAUGUGGCCAGUGCACCACUUGAAGUGGUCAUUCUACAUGUGGCCAAUGCACCACUUGAAGUGGUCAUUCUACAUGUGGCCAAUGCACCACUUGAAGUGGUCAUUCUACAUGUGGCCAAUGCACCACUUGAAGUGGUCAUUCUACAUGUGGCCAAUGCACCAAUUGAAGUGGUCAUUCUACAUGUGGCCAGUGCACCACUUGAAGUGGUCAUUCUACAUGUGGCCAGUGCACCACUUGAAGUGGUCAUUCUACAUGUGGCCAAUGCACCACUUGAAGUGGUCAUUCUACAUGUGGCCAGUGCACCACUUGAAGUGGUCAUUCUACAUGUGGCCAGUGCACCACUUGAAGUGGUCAUUCUACAUGUGGCCAAUGCACCACUUGAAGUGGUCAUUCUACAUGUGGCCAAUGCACCACUUGAAGUGGUCAUUCUACAUGUGGCCAGUGCACCACUUGAAGUGGUCAUUCUACAUGUGGCCAAUGCACCACUUGAAGUGGUCAUUCUAAAACAUGGCUACUAGGAGAUGAAGUGUAAUGUAUCAACCUGUGAAUAUUUUAACAUCAAUGAUUUGAGGGUUUCCAUUGCUUAACAACCUGAUAUUACUUUGUUUAUUUACAAUUUUUCUUGCAGUAAUGUUGUACGGUCAGCUGUUGUCUAUACUUUAUUUAUUGACGUCUUUUUGAGUGUGCUAUCAACAUUAUAGAUGCUAAUUUGAUUUUCAUUUUGACCUACCUCAGGUAUUGGUGUACACUGGUACCUCACUUUCUCCCUCAUUUUGGAUGACACCGAUUUAUCUGUAUAUAGUGUUCUUUCACUUGUUAUUCUCUCAAUAUAGUCUAAUCGUAAUGUUAUAGAAGGUCUAUUGUUUAUUCAAAUAAAAAGAUUUGAAAAUGUCA